CAUGCCCGUUUCUCCGAGAACUCUCCCUGCCAAACAACAAAUGGAGGCUAAAAGAAUACAUGUACGGGAAGCCCUGGGUUUCCAUCUUCAAACAAUGUGAAAUUUGAGUGCCAGCUCCACCUUUCAUUCUAAUGGAUGCUAAUUUAGAAUUGUCAAAACAAAAUAUUUGUUCGAGGGUGCUAGCGGAAAUGCUCCUUCUAAAUGAGUAUUCACCAGUAUUGCUGAAAGAACUGGACAAUUCAAAUUUCAGCUUCGAAACCGUUCUCAAAGAAGCCAAAUCCUCAGCUCAAACUCUAGUCCAAAGCUGCAGAUUUUCAGCAGCUAAAUCAGUGGAGAAACAGGCAAACUCAGUUCAUACAAUUUUCAGAACAUCAAUUGACUCCCAGCAGUAAUUGAAUUCUUCCAGCAAAACAACUGAAUUUGCAGCUUGUCACACCAGCCGUGCAGAAAUUACGAAGCAACAACUGUGCAUAAACUGCAGCUAACAAUGUAGAAAAACUGGUGCAACACUUGUGAAGGAAGGGUGCAGAACUUCAGCCAGAAAUCAACAUUGUUAAUCCCUAGUCAAGUAGUUUCAGUUGUUUUAGACAAUGAGUUCUCAGAACUCCUUCCUAAAUCUACUUCUCAAUAAAUAGAACUAUCACAGAUGUGCAACUCAAUACUCGGAAACUUGGAAAAUCAACAGAUUCAGUUCUAAGUUCUACCAGUCGAUUAAUACCACAACUGCGACUAAGUUCGAGCACAACUCAUAAUUUAAACUCAUCAGCAGAAAAGAUGAAUUCAGUUCAAAAAGUUAAUCCCAGCAAUAAGAAACAGGAUGACAUUCACUCCCCUCAGAAAUCUAGUCGAAGUCUUCGAGCAACAAUAGCAAAAUUUCAGCAGACUUGAACUAAAGACCACAGCAGAACUUCACACAAGUAUUCAGUGCAGUAGUAGACACUAUCAAAUUCAACUAAAAACUUGACGACAAGCUCUUGAUCAAAAUCCAACAGCAGCUAGUCAAACUUUCUAGUACAAUUGAAGUUAAACAACUCAAAAACUCAAUCAAGAACUGAGCUCCAAUUCUACAGAUUCUGUCACCGAGCAACAAGGAACUCGAGUCGACUUCACGGAUUCAAAUCAAAUCAACUCAGAAAGAUCGAGUCGAUGUUCUGUUGAAACUCACUUCUCUUCAAAUUUUAGAAAUCAGAGAUGGAGAACAGUUUUAAACUCAAGGAAUCAAACCUGAUUUGUUGCGACAAUUCUCAGCUGCUCGAAUCGAUUCGAAUCAGUCCGCAAAGUUCUUCAAAUUCGCAGCUGGUGUUCUUCGAGUUCUUCAAUGGCAGGGAAUUUGAUUCUCACUCAAUCCUUCACCAAAUCGAACUCAAACUUUGGAUUCGACUUCCAUGUAACCCCCAAAAUCAAACCUCAGUGAUCAAUUUGUGCCACAAUGGCCUGAAACGAAAGACCCCAGUGGUCUUCUUCUUCGCACAACUCGGUUCAAAAUUCAAACCAAAACCCUAGCAAAUCAGAGUUAAUCGGACUAACCCUUCAUAUUUCACUUCGUUUCAGUGUUUCCGACUAAAAAUCUCGAACACCCAAUCGAUUUUGGACCUCCAAUUUUUUUUUAGAUUCAAAACAAACCCUAGUUUUUUUUUUCGGUUCAGCUGAUGUAAAUUUUGGGUUCAAAUCUUCGAAUCCAAACCGAAAAGUAAUUCGAUCUCAUAAAAUGAAGAAAUCACAAACUGCAGAACCAGAAUCGACAACGAGAACAAGGAAAUCAAAGUUUUUAAAUGAAACAGUGAUGAACGAGGCAUACCAUUUUUGUUUUAGUCACAAACAAAUCGGAUGAACAGUAAACUUGCUAUUUUUGGAUUUUCUAUUUUUUUUUUCAGAUUUGUUGAUAAUCAAAACAAAGAGCCAAGGAUUGAUAAAACAAUCCAAAAUCUUUGCCUGAUACCAAAAUAAGAGCUAAUUAAUUGGAAGAACAAGAAUCAAUUAGAAUAAAAAACCUAAUUACAUGAACUCAAUCAAUUGUUACCCUAAACUAUGAAAUAAGAGCUAGACCCAGAAUUGAUUGGAAGAACAUGAAUCAAUUAGGAUAUGAAGCUUAAUUACCUUUAUGAACUCAAUCAAUUGUAACCCUAAGCUAUGGAACGAGAUUGGCAACUCUAGAAAACCCGAAUAAAGUAAUUAAGCAAUUAAGCAUUCACUACUAAUUGUUCACCAACUAAGACUAAUUUAACACUAAUGAAAGCAAUAAAGAAAUUAAGACAUAGACAUAAAUGCAUUAAAAGAUAAGGAUAAAUGGUGAGGCUUGCAUGUCUUCAAGUUUAUCAUUCAUCAAGUCUACCUAAAAUAAAAGUCUUAAGGGCUAUUUAUACUAGAGUGGGUAUUUGGCUACAAAUGACCCAAAGCUAUUUAUACUAGAGUGGGUAUUUGGCUACAAAUAACCCAAAUACCCCUGAGUUAAUUCUAAGGAGCUUAGUCAAUUAUUACAAGUAUAACCUUCUUGAUCUUGACUCCUUUAAAGCACUCUAAUGCUAUGAUGUUGACUUGAAAAUAGUUAGGCAUGCUCAUCCGGCAUGUAUCACAAGGCCUGACAAGUCAUUGUAGAAUUGGUAUUUCAGAACAUAUCGGGCAGCACAACAAGACUACAACAAAGCAUCAAACUGGAUUAUUUAGGUAAUGUCAAAGUCAGGAACAGAACAAGAAGAGGGCUUGGUGAAACUCAAUUGCAGGAACUCGGGUAUGUACUUUAGUGAAAUUUAUAACUAGAUGCGACACAACACUUACAUCGAGCCUUACAGUCUGAAAGUUGAAGGUUCUCUCUUUAGGAAGUGGCGCAAUAUAAAUGCCAUACAGAAUAUUCCAACACAGAUGAAGCAUCAUAAAUAUCAAGAGCAUAUAACAUUCCAUUGAAUGCAAACUUUACUGUACAUGGAAGGAAUGAGAAUAUCCAUUAAAUUCAUUGUGUGAUUUGUAUCGAGAAAGAAGUCCAAAAUUUA